UAAAAAAUAGGAAAAAAAAAGAAGAUUCAGAGAGAGAGGAAGAAAAAGGAAAGAGAGAGGAAGGAGAGAGAACCCACCACCCUUUGGCCCUGGAGAGACCAAAGAUGGUCGAAGAGAGAAAACUCUGAGAUCAUCAUCAUCAUCAUCAUCAUCAUCAUCAUCAUCUUCAUCUUCCUGCAAAAACAAGGGCAAGUUCAACAAGAAAUAAAAACAUUUUAAAUCCAAUAUAUUCGUUUUUUAAACAAAAAUUCUGUUUACUUUUUUAGUUUUUUUUUUUCUAUUUUCUGAGGACCUUUUUUUUUUUUUUAAUUUUCAUUUCUCAAACCCUACCCAAUUCUUGGUGAAGAAGUUUUUUCCUUUAAGGAUUAACGAGAAGAAGAGAAAAAAAAAAACGAGUUGUUGACUCUUUAGGUCAUCAACAUUUUUUAGGGUUUUGUGAUUUUGCAAAACUGGAAAAACAAUGAGAGACCCUGAGUAUUCAACGAUUCUGUAAAAUUUGUAUUAUUUUUUUUUUUUCAUUCUUUCAUUUUAGGAAAAAAAAAUCUGGCGAUUUUGUAUAGCAUUGGUGUAUACACCUAAAAUGGGUUGUCGAUGGAAUCCAAUCGGGUUCCAAUUCUCUUGCUUCAUGUUCUUGAUCAUUACCCUUCAAUCUCGUUCCUCCUUGUCCCUCGAAUCUGAAGGGUUUGUAUUGUUGAAAUUCCGGGCAAGAGUUGAUUCUGAUCCUCAUGGAACUCUUGCGAAUUGGAAUGUUUCUGAUCUUGACCAUUUCUGUUCUUGGUUUGGUGUAACUUGUGUCGACAAUAAAGUGCAGAUGCUGAACCUUACUGGUUGUUCUUUGGGAGGAACAUUAGCUCCUGAGCUAAGCCAAUUGAGUGAAUUAAGAUCUCUAAUACUAUCCAAGAACAAUCUCUCUGGUGAUAUUCCAAAGGAGUUUGCAACUUUUGCAAAAUUAGAGUUGUUGGAUUUGAGAGAUAACAAGUUAAGCGGAGUAGUUCCAUCCGAGCUAAACAAAGUGUUGACACCAGAAAACUUGUUGCUUUCUGGUAACAAAUUUGCGGGUUUUAUGACCAUAAAGUUCCUGAGACUUCAAUCGCUAUAUAAAGUCCAGUUGAACAAGGAUCGAGAGCUGUCUUCGCUUUCCCCUGAUGUCCUCGACUGUGUAAAUAGAAAACUUGGAUACUGUGUUUCAAGGAGAAGUCUAAUAAGAACAAACAAGGCGAAGGCUAUCAUAUUGCGGAUCAAAGCAACUUCAAGGCAUUACAUGGUGCGUAGACAAUCUCAUGGGAACAACUAUGUAUCGAAUAAUCGCCCAAGUUAUUUAGAGAAUGAAACUAGUACCUUCAAAAGACGCGAGUUACUCGAAGGAACAAGUAAUUUAGCGGCAAUGCCAGCGCCUGAUGCUCCUAGUCCUUCUCCUGAGGUUGUAACCUUAGUGUUUCCUCGAAGCAGUGGGUCUUUUCCCGCAUUAGCUAAUGCAAAGAAGAGAAUACCUCCGUUGGUCCCUCCUCCUUCUCCUCUUCCUCCUUCCACCAACAACACAUUCUCUACUGAUCCACCGAGGAACUUUGAAGAGAAAUCGAAAGGGUUUAAGGACGUUUGGUUGUAUGUUAUCAUUGGUGUUGCUGCUUUUGUAGCGGUGAUGAUAAUAGUAGCUGUUAUAUUCUUCUGUCGUAAAAGAGCUGUGAAGAGUAUAGGUCCAUGGAAGACUGGUUUAAGUGGACAGUUACAGAAAGCUUUUGUCACCGGUGUACCUAAGCUAAACCGGUCUGAACUAGAAACAGCUUGUGAAGAUUUCAGUAAUAUCAUUGAAGCAUUUGAUGGUUACACUGUCUACAAAGGAACUUUGUCAAGUGGUGUUGAGAUUGCGGUCGCUUCAACCGCGAUUUUGGAAACUAAAGAAUGGACAAGAGCUAUGGAAAUGACUUACCGCAGAAGGAUUGAUACAAUGUCAAGAGUCAACCAUAAGAACUUUGUGAAUCUAAUUGGAUAUUGCGAAGAAGAUGAACCGUUUAAUAGGAUGAUGGUUUUCGAAUAUGCUCCAAAUGGAACUCUUUACGAACAUUUGCACGAUAAGGAAAUGGAGCAUCUUGAUUGGGGCGCAAGGAUGAGGAUUAUAAUGGGAACUGCUUACUGUCUGCAAUAUAUGCACGAGCUUAAUCCACCUAUCGCACACACGAAACUUGUCUCAUCAGCAAUCUACUUAACUGACGAUUAUGCAGCAAAGGUCGGAGAGGUUCCUUUCAGUGGACAAACCGGGAGUAAACCGAGAAAGCCGAUGAGUGGUGAUUUAGACCAAUCGUCAUUGCCAUUAUUAUCUGAACCGGAGACUAAUGUGUAUAGCUUUGGAGUAUUAAUGCUUGAGAUUAUCUCUGGAAAGCUCUCAGAUUCAGAUGAAGAAGGAUCAAUAACAAAAUGGGCAUCAAAGUAUCUAGAGAAUGAUAACUUGAGAGAUAUGAUUGAUCCUACGCUGACAACAUUUAAAGAAGAAGAACUUGAAGCUAUAUGUGACGUGGUACGACAUUGUCUUAGAAUUGAUGAAAGCCAAAGACCAAAAAUGAACGAUGUGGUUGAACAAUUGAAAGAAGUAAUAAAGAUUUCUCAAGAACAAGCAACACCAAGACUCUCUCCUCUUUGGUGGGCAGAGCUUGAGAUCUUAUCCUCUGAAGCUACAUAGAUAAAAACCAUGAAGAAAAACGAUAUCUCUCCUCCUCCUCUCUCUUUCGAGUCACUGUCCGAGGUUCACAAGCUUCUCUCUCUCUCUGUUAACUGUAAACGUCGUCCUUCGUAAAUGUUACCCCAAAAAAAAAGUUUUUCUCUUUCUUUUUCUUAAUUCUUUCUAUUAAAUUUGUUUUCUUGGUUUGUUUUGAUAGUGUACUUGAAAUCCAGAUAAUAUAACGAUGUGCUUGUAUAAUUGUUGUAUACUAUCAUACAUAUACCUAUAUAUUACGUAUAAUUCUACGUCUUUUGUGGUGAAAUGCUGUUUGUAAACUA